UGCUCAGCCGUCAUUCAACUAAACCUUCUCUCUUGAGUUCAUUUCUUUUCCUUCCCCUGUUAGAUCUCAAAAUUUCUGUGUAAAAAAUUCUGGGAGAAUCUCUUGUAGCGAAAACAGGUUUAUAAUGGGAGGAGGACCAGCAGCCUUUCAAAAUCUGAUCAUUCAAAUUAACAUGUCAAUUGGGGCUUCUAUUUUGCUCAAGGUCCCUUCAACUACUAUGAUUCUCAUGCUUGUACUCUGCUUAUAUUCUGUUUUAGAGGGCAUAGCCGUCGGGGUUGCAGACAAUGAAACAGAUGCAUGGAUAUAUUUGUGGACCGUACCGCUGCACCAAAUAAUGACCGCCAUUGCCAAUGCAAUUGCACUGCUUAAGUUGUUACCACACAGGCCAUUCCUUGCGACCCUUGUUUACUUGUCUGUAUUCUUGGUUUCAACUCCAAUUGGAGUGGCCAUAGGUGUUCGUAUUGAUUCCACUACACAAGGAAAAAUAGAAGAUUGGAUCGUUCUCAUAACAUCAGGUUCUAUUGCUGGAAUUUUCGUCUAUGAAUGCUUCAAACCACCACAAAAACCUUGUUAUUUGGGGGCUUUUGCUUCGAUUCUUCUAUGCGUGGGAGUGGCUGCUGUGGCCUCCAUCUGGGAUUCAUAUUGAUGUUGGUAAAUUCAUGGUGGUAGUAGUAUACGAUGAACUGAUAUCAAUUGCAGCUGCUGUGCUUAUUUUUCUUUUGGUGUUUUCUGUUUUCUUUUUGUUUCUUUUGAUCCAAUUCGUAACCAACUUUGAUAUGUUACUAUUUCAUUAUAUCAAAGCAACAACAUCUAUCUUUUGAUUUG